AGUUACGGCUGAACUGUUGUCGAGUGUGUGCCAAGAGUCGCGUCUCAAAUAAUGAUUUUAUUUUGAUAAUUUAUUCCCGAAAGAAUAAUGAUAGAUUCAUUCUGAACAAUUUACAAUUAUUGAUUGGAAAAGUCGAAUCGAAUUCCAGGGUCAUCAAAGUGACGCCAUGUUUUGAAAACAGUGGCCGAAACACCAAGCCCCUUUAUUACGCCCAUUAUACAUACUUGCAGAUGAUGUAUAUCUUGCCGUAUCUUGCAUCAGGUCGUACUCACACCCAAAUAGGAUAGCGGCUGCACGGGAAAUGCCAACGACUAUUCAAAUAACGCACAGCGCCAACGAGUACCUUAUACGAGGACGAAUAACAAGUGUUGUUAUAGAAAGAAUCUUACCAGCUACACACCUGCGACGCACCUGUUUCAUUGGAGUGAUGGUCCUUUGCAACCACCUCUUUUUUAUUUGGUUACUACUUGUUUUUUCGAUAACCCCCCACCCCACUUUUUGGUCAAUUUCUAUGUGCAAUUGUGAAGUGAAGUUCUGUUCCAAACCGGAUGUUUUUCAUUUCGGAACUGCUCUUGCCACAUGUUUUUUAUUGGGAAUGUGCGUCAACGACGAAGUUGAAGGACCCCGACGAGCGUCAUCACAAUAACCCCUCUCCCAUUGGAAAACGAUGGCUUAGCUACUGCGUUGGUUAGUUGAAAUUUAUUGGAGCGUUCGUAAUUUCAAACAACUGCUCUAUAUAGAACUACAUGCUAAUGGAAAUAUAAGUGGAACAUUUUAUUUCAAUGCUUCUAUCGCCCCGUCAUUACCACCUGUUGAUGAAAUUCCGAAUAAAAGUGGCCCAAUCUGACCCAAGUUUCAACAGUAGCUGACAGCAGGUCCUCUCCAGCCACAUCUACCUACAACGUCGGUCACGAUGCAUUUCGCUUUAUCGAUUAUAGCUUCGCUUUGCCUUAUCGGAUUGGCCCAUUCCAAAUCCGUGGCUCAAUUCAGCACUGACGGCAAAGGGGGCAAAAUACCAACCAUUUCAAUCGUCGGCGGAACACCAGCUGCCCAAGGCGAAUUUCCUUAUGUGACUGUCUUGCGCCUAAAAAAUUACCUAUGCGGUGGCUCUUUGAUUGGACCUUCCCACGUCCUGACGGCGGCGCAUUGUUUAGAAGCAUUUACUCAGGCAAACGUGACUAGCUUUAACGUGCUGAUCAACACGUUGUCGGUGAACGGUGGCGGACCCAACUCCGUCACCAAAGGAGUGAAGAAAUUCAUCAUUCACGAAGCCUACAACCCUAGAAACAACGACAACGACGUCGCUCUGUUGGUUCUGAGUUCCCCAGUUGCUGCCAACAGCUCUUUCCUGAAUCUUCCAACUGAUCAAGCAGCAACCACAUUAAAACCAACAACUGGCAAACCCACUACGAUGACCACUACUAAACCAAUUACAACUAAAGCUCCAGCGUGUUCGUGCACGUGUCCAACCACCACCACCAAAAAACCCGUUACCACCAAAACCACCAAAAAACCCGUUGCCGUUACCGUCAAAACCACCAAGAAACCUGCCGUUCUCCGAGCUUUCAGCACUUACACUAACGUGUCGGCCAUCAUUGCUGGAUGGGGAACAACGUCAUUCGGUGGCAGCAUUUCGUCGACGUUGCUCAAAGCUAACGUCACCAUCCUGGACAAUUCGAUAUGCUCUGGUCAAUAUGGGUCGACAUUCGUCCCGGCUAACCAGUUGUGCGCUGCUGCUCCGGGUAAGGACACUUGCCAGGGUGAUAGCGGUGGACCCGUUAUUGUUAAUGGAGUUGUCGUUGGCAUCACCUCCUAUGGCAAUGGUUGCGCUGAUCCUGAUUUCGCUGGCGUCUACACCCGUGUCUCGUCUUACGUUGGCUGGAUUCAAACAACCCGAGCCAACAACCCAUGAUAAUCAUCGUAGAGUACACCAAUCAAUUUCAUCCAGUUGAGGUGACAGAUGAACUAUGCACUUAUCGUAGCAUUUUGGGUAUAUUUACAGUUUUACACAGAUUUCCAGUUUUACUUUGUGCAAUUUUUAAUGGUGUUGGGUGCAUAUGAAAAGUCCUAAUACAAUAUUUU